AUGGCAGACCCACAAGCUCAACUUCCUCAGAGCAACAUGACCAAGUCUCUCCCGACCUCCAACACCUCGAACGGCACUGGUGCCGCCUCCAAGUUCACCUCGGCAGCCAGCCACCAUGCCCAGGACUGGCUGAACGCUUUCAACUCUGCCCUCCAGGCUCGCGACAUUCCCAAGGCCGUCUCGCUCUGGGGCGACGAGUCCUACUGGCGUGACCUCGUCGCCUUCAGCUGGAACCUCACCACCGUCGAGGGCCACGACGGCGUGACCGACCUCCUGGAAAACACUCUCGACCGCGUUGAUCCCUCUGGCUGGGAACUCACCGAGGAGGCCGCAGAGGCCGAUGGUGUCAACACCAGCUGGAUCAAGUUCCGCACUGCUGUCGGCAGCGGCUGGGGUAUCCUGCGUCUCAAGGACGGCAAGGCCUGGACCCUCAUCACCGCCCUCACGGAGCUCACCGAACACCCCGAGCCCCGCGGUCCCCUCCGCCCCAAGGGUGCCGAGCACGGCCUCAGCAGCACCCGUCUCAACUGGAAGGAGAAGCGCGAGAAGGAGGACGCGGCUCUCGGCAACGAGACGCAGCCGUUCACCCUUGUUAUCGGUGGAGGCCAGGGUGGCAUCGCACUUGGAGCCCGCCUCCGCCAAAUGGGCGUCCCAUCACUCGUCGUCGACAAGCACAAGCGUCCCGGUGACCAGUGGCGCGGCCGCUACAAGUCUCUCUGCCUCCACGACCCCGUCUGGUAUGACCACCUGCCCUACCUGAAGUUCCCGGACAACUGGCCAGUUUUCACCCCCAAAGACAAGGUUGGCGACUGGCUCGAGUUCUACACCCAGGUUAUGGAGGUCCCUUACUGGUCCUCGACCCUCGUCAAGUCGGCCAACUUCAACAAGCAGGCAGGCGAGUGGGAGGUCGAGAUCGAGCGUGAGGGCAAGCCCAUGACGCUCAAGCCCAAGCACCUCAUCUUCGCUACCGGCAUGUCUGGCAAGGCCAACAUCCCCAAGUUUAAGGGUAUGGACGUCUUCAAGGGCGAGCAGCAGCACUCGUCGCAGCACCCCGGCCCCGACGCCUACAAGGGCAAGAAGGUCGUGGUUAUUGGAUCGAACAACUCGGCGUUUGACAUUUGCGGAGCGCUCUGGGAGGCUGGCGCAGAUGUGACCAUGGUCCAGCGCUCAACCUCGCACAUUGUCAAGUCGGACUCACUCAUGGACAUUGCCCUCGGCGACCUGUACUCUGAGAAGGCUCUCGCCAACGGCAUUACCACCGAGAAGGCCGACCUCAUCUUCGCCUCGCUGCCUUACCGCAUCAUGCACGAGUUCCAGAUCCCAGUCUACAAGAAGAUCGCCGAGAAGGAUGCCGAGUUUUACCGCCGUCUCGAGGAGGCUGGCUUCCGCCACGACUGGGGAGAUGACGGUUCGGGACUCUUCCUCAAGUACCUUCGCCGCGGAUCCGGUUACUACAUCGACGUCGGCGCAGCUUCUCUUGUCGCCGACAGGAAAAUCAACCUUGUCCAAGGCAACGUCGACCACCUCACCGAGAACACUGUCAUCCUCGAUACUGGCAAGGAGCUCCCGGCCGACCUGGUCGUCUACGCCACGGGCUACGGUUCGAUGAACGGAUGGGUCGCCGACCUGAUCAACCCCGAGGUCGCUGCAAAGGUUGGAAAGGUCUGGGGCUUGGGUAGCGCUACCACUAAGGACCCUGGACCUUGGGAGGGCGAGCAGCGUAACAUGUGGAAGCCGACGCAGGUCGAGAACCUUUGGUUCCACGGCGGUAACCUUCACCAGUCCCGUCACUACUCGCUCUACCUCGCUUUGCAGCUCAAGGCCAGGUACGAGGGCAUCGACACCCCGGUGUACCGCCUGCAGGAGGUCCACCACACUUCUUAA